AUGGCUGCGUUGUUCAGAGGGUUCCGAAGUACAGGGCUCCGAUGGAACAAGCAUGCCUACUUUGUUUUUGUAUCAAAAAGGUCAAUGGCAUCAAAGACACCUGUGGGCUUUAUUGGUCUGGGAAAUAUGGGCAGUCCCAUGGCCAAGAACUUGAUAAAAAAUGGCUAUCCUGUCAUCGCCACUGACGUCUUCCCAGAAUCUUGCAAAGAGCUUCAAGAAUUGGGCGCCCAGGUGAUGGACUCCCCUGCAGACGUGGCAGAGAAAGCAGACCGAAUCAUCACCAUGCUGCCAUCUAGUCCAAAUGUCAUAGAGGUUUAUACGGGCCCUAACGGCAUCCUGAAGAAGGUGAAAAAGGGAACGUUACUGGUCGACUCUUCAACAAUUGACCCGUCUGUUGCUAAAGAAAUGGCUGUGGCAUCAGAGAAGAUGGGAGCUGUCUUCAUGGAUGCUCCAGUGUCAGGAGGUGUUGGAGCUGCCAGUAUGGCCAAACUGACCUUCAUGGUUGGUGGACUGGAGGAAGAAUUCCAGGCUGCAGAGGAAUUAUUCACCUGCAUGGGUGCUAAUGUUGUAUACUGUGGACAAGUCGGCUCAGGACAGGCUGCGAAGCUCUGCAAUAAUAUGCUGCUGGCCAUUGGGAUGAUUGGGACUGCAGAAACCAUGAACCUCGGCAUCAGACUGGGUUUGGACCCCAAGCUACUCGCAAAGAUCCUUAACAUGUCAUCGGGUCGAUGCUGGUCCAGCGACUCAUACAACCCCGUCCCUGGAGUAAUGGAGGGUGUCCCCUCAGCCAACAACUACCAGGGUGGCUAUGGAACCACUCUAAUGGCCAAGGAUCUUGGUUUAGCGCAGAAUACUGCUACCAACACAAAGUCAUCCAUUCCUCUGGGAUCCCUAGCCCACCAGAUCUACCGAGUUAUGUGCUCUCGCGGCUACGCCAACAAGGAUUUUUCAUCCGUCUUCCAGUUUCUGCGUGAGGAGGAAGCACAGUGAAUGGAGGGAGAGCAUCGCUAACGGCACAGCUAGACUGUUGCUAAGACCUCGUUACCACAAACCCGUGUUUCUUAUCCCAGUGUUCUCAGGAGAUACACAGGCCUUCUUUAAAGGAAAAGACGUGCAGGCCAAACAAUAGUGUUUUGAAUCCUCUCCUCUUGCUGUGAACUUCCUUCCCUUUAAAUGGAGAAAUGCUACAAGUGAUUUCAAAACAUUAUAAAUAUACCAAAAGAAAAUCUAUUGAUUAGCUUUACGUGAAAGCAGUGUACAGGAGCUGCAGAUUUACAUGUAUCUAUGCAACCUGUGUAUCGUUUCCUGGAUGGUAGAUGAGUGGAAUUUGCAUGAAUGGUAAAGAUCCAGCAUGUUUGUGUCAACCUUUUUUGUCUGUUACCUGUUUGACGUGGUUUUGAACCUAUGGUGAUGUAGAAAGAGGGGAAAAUGCAAAACAAAACUGUGAAUUUGGAGCUGCUGAUUGAAAUGGAGUUGAAGAGAAAAACACUUUGUACAAGUUAUGAUUCUGCUUAUACCCAUUUUAUACCAAAGUUGCCCAAACUUGAGGCUCAGUGUUUGCUGAUAUUCAAUCACGUUUAUUCAUAUUAUAAAAAAAAUGUUACACAAUACCUGAGUUAUUCUAUGAAUACACUACAUGUUUGUAUGUUUUUAGUUCACUUCAAUUAAGCUGAGAAAAAAAAUCCUUGGAUUUUCUUUUUGUUUUUUCCAUUUCUGUGCAACAUUUCAGGGUCCAUUUGAUGAUAUUACAGAAUAUUUGUACUGAAAUCUUAUCUUUAUUGCAUAUAUCUGCCAAUUGAGCCAAGUAAGUAUUACUUUAUGACCAAUAAUGUUAAAAUUAAAAAAUCUCACGGUCCAGAACUUUCUUCAGUGCAGUUUAACUCAACUUUGCAUUUCGUUUUUGUCUGCUACAUCUGUUUCGUACAUCUGAGUAAUGUUUCCUUCAUGCUGUGAGAAUCUGUACAUAAUUUAUAUAUCAUAAUGUUGUACAGCAUUAGCCAUUUUUGUUUUAGUAAAAUUUCGUCGUCUCUACAGUUUCAUCUGUGAAACAUUAUUUACGUAACACUGCAACAGAAAAAUAAAAAUAUUUUGU